AUGGAAACUUUAAAUGAACGUACUAUUUAUUUUAACGAGACUAUAUAUAAUGCAGAGAAAAAAGCAGAAGAACUUUUGGAAAAAAAUGAACAAUUACAAUUUGAAAAUAAAGAUUUUAUUGCAAAAAUUAAAUUAAAAGAUGAGAAAAUUCGUGCAUUUGAAAUGGAAAGCGAAACGAUAUUUGUGAAUAAACUUAAUAAAAUCAACACAAUUAAAGAGAAUUCUUGUUGUGGAAAUAAAUGUAUUAAUUCUGAUUUAUUUGAUGGUUAUUGCAUUAAAGGGAAUGGAUAUGUUAAUGUUUACGAAAAUGGAAUGAUUAAAUAUAGAAAUAAACUGCAAGAUAUUUUUGGCUUUCCAAGGGAAAAUAAAUGGAUUUGUUUAUAUGGGCAACAUCCAUAUACAAAAACAUAUAUUAAUUAUGAAAAUAUUUAUUCUUUAUUUUAUUUUGAAGUGAAAAUAUUUAAAGAAUUAAGUUUAGAAAGUUGUUAUGCGGGUAUUGGAUUUGAAGUUCAAAAUGCAAAUAUAUUUUUGUGUAAUUAUUCGGAUAUUAAUUGGGGAGAUUAUCAAAAAUUUGAAUGGGAAGAUGGAGACGUUUUUGGUUGUGGAAUUGUGUUUCCACCAAAGAAUGAUUUGAAGACAAAGGCUUAUGUAUUUUUUACUAAAAAUGGAAAGAAAAUUGGUAAAAAUAUUUUACUCGAAGAAGAUAACAUUAAUUUGUAUCCAUUUAUUGGACUUUUGUCUUGUUCGGUGGAAACGAAUUUUGGAAAUGAUCUUUUGUCAAAGCCUUUUGUUUAUAAUAUUGAAAAUCAUAUUAUUUAA